ACAUAAGAUGGUUGUUGUGAAGAGAUUGCCUCCAUUACCAACAGUAUCUGACAUCAUUAGACUGUAUGGAUUGUCAGCCCAACAGAAACUGAGUCAAAAUUUCCUGCUAGACCUUAACUUGACAAAUAAGAUAGUACGAUAUGCUGAUAUAGCCCAGUCUUCUUGUGUGUGUGAGGUUGGAUCAGGUCCUGGUGCUAUUACUAGGUCUAUUCUUAAUGCAACGAAUGCUAAAGUGUUAGCCAUUGAAAAAGAUAGAAGAUUCUUACCUUCACUAGAAUUAUUAUCUGAUGCUACUAAUGGACGUUUACAAGUUUGUCAUGGCGAUAUACUUGAUUUUGAUUGGCCAGGAUCAUGUGAUAAUAUUGUCACUCCUAAACCAUGGGACAGUACUGGUGAUCUGAGUAUCAUUGGUAAUUUACCAUUCUCAGUCUCUAUCCCAUUGUUGUUGAAAUGGUUGAGGUAUCUCACUAUUAGAGAAGGUCCUUUUAAAUAUGGACGAACUACCAUGACACUCACCUUCCAGAAGGAAGUAGCUGAGAGGAUAACAGCUCCUCCUGGUCACACCCAGAGGAGCAGGCUCUCAAUAAUGGUCCAGUCACUCUGUACUGCUAAACAAUGUCUCACUCUUCACUCAUCCACCUUUGUACCACGUCCUAAGGUAAGAUAGUGCCAUUGUAUUUUAUUGUAUUGUGGGUUGGAUCUACUAGUGUUAGUAGUAAUUUCACUAUUCAUAAUUCAUGUGUGUUGUAUUGGCGAAAUAGCAUUAGCAAAAAAUCUAUCCAAUCCUCCUUUUACGUAAAGUGGGUGUGGCCAUGAAAUGAUGAAAAACAUAAUGAUUGCGCUCAAAUGGGACAAAAUUUUGAGCUUUCCAGCAACAA